GCAUGGCUCUCCCCGAAGUCGAUCCCUCGCCGGGUGGGUUUGCUGGGGGCUAGCGGCGCUGUAGUGGGAGCUCCUCCAGCACAAGCACAAUUUGGAUUGUUUGCUCCGGACAUCCCCGCACCGGAUGAUGUGGGCGCGGUGCCAUCAGAUGCGCAGGUGACGCCAAGCGGCCUUGCGUUUAAGGUCUUGGAGCUUCCAGCCUGCGAGUCGGAGGCGGAGUGCGUGAAUGAACGGCCACAGAAGUUCGACAAGGUAACCGUCGAUUACACUGGCUGGCAGCGGGACGGCAAAAUGUUCGACUCCAGCGUGAAGCGCGGGCAGCGGGCGACCUUCGGCGUCAGCCAGGUGAUCAAGGGAUGGACGGAAGGAUUGCAGCUCAUGGCACCUGGGGAGAAGCGCCGUUUUUGGAUUCCGGCCAAGCUGGCAUACGGAGACAAUCCGCGAGGGGGCGCUCCGGGGGGUCCGUUGGUGUUUGAUGUCACGUUGUUCAGCGUUGAGAAGGGGCCCCGCAUUCCAACCCCAGAGGACGUAACAGGCCCUCCGGGAGAUGCACUGGUGACGGAGUCGGGGCUGGCCUCCAAGGUGCUGAAAAGCGGCACUGGAACAAAGAAGCCGACCGCCUUCUCAGUGGUGACCGUCGAUUACACUGGCUGGACCACCGAUGGAAAACUCUUCGACUCCUCCAUUCUGCGGGGACAGCCAGCCACCUUUCCGUUAAACCAGGUCAUCAAAGGCUGGACGGAAGGCUUGCAGCUGAUGGUGGAAGGAGAGAAACGACGUUUCUGGAUUCCGGCGAAGCGACCUGGCCGGAAAGGUUCGACUCCGAGACCCUUAAGGGCUAGGUUCCUCGUGUUUCGGGUUUAG